GCGGACCGCCACUGCCAGCGCCCGCCUGCCCGCCGGACCCCGGGCGGCGCGCCUCCGCUUCCCCCAGCCUCGCGGGCCCCCGGGCGGCUUCGGGAUGAUCGGCCAGAAGACGAUCUACUCCUUCUUCUCCCCGAGCCCCGCCGGGAAGCGACGCGCCCGCAGCCCCGAGCCGGCCGCCCCGGGGACCGGCGUGGCGGCCGUGGGUGCAGAGAUCAGCCCCGCCAAGAAGGCCCGGGCGGAGCAGGAGGAGCCCGGCACACCGCCCUCGUCGCCGCUGAGUCCCGAGCAGCUGGACCGCAUCCAGAAGAACAAGGCCGCGGCCCUGCUCAGACUCGCGGCCCGCAACGUGCCGGUGGGUUUCGGUGAGAGUUGGAAGAAGCACCUCAGCGGAGAGUUCGGAAAACCGUAUUUUAUAAAGCUGAUGGGAUUUGUUGCAGAAGAAAGAAGACGUUACACUGUUUAUCCGCCCCCACACCAAGUCUUCACCUGGACCCAAAUGUGCAACAUAAGAGAUGUGAAGGUUGUCAUCCUGGGACAGGAUCCAUAUCAUGGACCCAAUCAAGCUCAUGGGCUCUGCUUUAGCGUUCAAAGACCUGUUCCGCCUCCGCCCAGCUUGGAAAACAUUUAUAAAGAGCUGUCUACGGACAUAGAAGGCUUUGUCCAUCCUGGCCAUGGAGACUUAUCUGGCUGGGCCAAGCAAGGUGUUCUCCUACUCAACGCUGUCCUCACCGUCCGCGCGCAUCAGGCCAAUUCUCACAAGGAGAGAGGCUGGGAGCAGUUUACCGACGCGGUCGUGUCCUGGCUGAAUCAGAACUCAAGUGGCCUCGUCUUCUUGCUCUGGGGCUCUUAUGCUCAGAAGAAGGGCAGUGCCAUCGACAGGAAGCGCCACCACGUGCUGCAGACCGCCCACCCCUCCCCUCUGUCGGUGUACCGAGGGUUCUUUGGGUGCAGACAUUUCUCCAAAACCAACGAGCUGCUGCGGAAGUCCGGCAAGGAGCCCAUCAACUGGAAGGACCUGUGACCCUGAACUGGGGCGGGGGGUCCUCCGGGCAGCUUCUAGAAGCUGCCAUUGAAGUAUCUGUCAUGACGAAGUCGGAUUGAGAAAAUAAUUUCCCCGGUGAUCCCUCGGCACCAUGCACGCCGGGAGAACGUUUCGGUAGCGCGGCCGUCCGCCAGGCUGCCCAGGAGCGGCGGCGCUACCCAGCAGAGACUGUCCCCUGCGACCAUGUGUCUGUCUCAGGAACUUGGCCUUGGCUUAGAAAAGACACGUCACAGUUUGGGGAAAGAAGAAGAGUUCGAAUUCUCUAGACUCUCCUCGGUUUCCUUUCUGGUUAGAGAUGGUGGGACAAGCACCUUUUCAGUGUCUGAGCCAGCUGCUAGUUGCUUUCACCGGUAGGUUAGACGUUAGGCUGUAAGUGUUGGGUGGUUUUAUGUAGGAAGGCCCGCUUCGCACACGGGCCGGGUCCUUACAGAGCCCCCCAGGCCCCUCCUGGCAGGAAAUGGGGAUUUUAUUUUGUUUUAUUUUUUGCCAGUUCCCAGAAAUUGGGGGUCAGUUACCUGAUUGGAGCCCAGCAGAGAAUUCCUAAGGAACAGUUCCCGCUGUGAGCCCUCAGACUGGCAGAGGCCGGGAGAAGUGGGCUGGUUGUUCUCUGGGUGUUUCUAGGAAUAGGCAGUGGAAGGAGGGAGGGGUUUGGUUUUGUUUUAAGAAGGGAAAUUGUUUUCUCCCGUGUGUAUCUUGCACUGGGAGAAAAGGCAGCAUAAUGCCAAAUGCUUUUUUUUUUUUUUCUUUUUUUCUUUUUUCUUUUUUCUUUUUUUCUUUUUUUUUCUGGACAGAAGUCACAUAGUUUUACCAUUUUCUGGAACAUUGGAGAAUUUCACUCUUUUUAAAAAUAUCAGUACUUCUGUGCCUGGCUACGUGGCUCCAUGGUCCAGGGUCAGUCUGUGAACCAGGCUGUCACGGUUGGAUUUCUAGGCGGGUGUUGUUUGUUUGUUUGUUUGUUUUUUAAUCUUUUAAAAGACCAUCUUCAUUAGGGCUGAGCCUCCAUCCUAGGUCCGUUAGGGAUGCUCCCGUUAGCGGGGCUCAGAGUUAAACCUGCUGGAGUUUGGGAAUAAAAGGUUGUGGAAGUUUCA